UGUGUUAGGAUCCCUUUGCCUUUUCUCAUACAUACAGCGCUUGACACUGCUUGUUGGCUGGUCUGUACUUUUAAUACCUGGCAUCCUGCUAGCAACACACGGUAGUGUAUAAUUCAGCUCUGAAUGCUUACGUUGAAGCAAGCUCUUAGAUGUGGGGGUGGCAAGAGCAAACAGUUUGGGACUUGUAGUUCUUAGCAGUGGCCUAGAAGCAGGUGAAGUCAUACUUAAGGACUGCGCUUCCCAGAGUGCCUUGCCCUUGGCCAUACAGGAAAGGGAACAGCCGGUAGCCUAUCCUAGUGGGGAGGUGUGGUGAUUGAGGAGCGGGAAAGCCAAUCGCAGAGGGGGAAGUGAAGCCAGAGCAGUGGGCUGAAAAUAGAGUGGGGGAGUUAGUAGGUGGCUGCCUGUGUGGGAUCAGGCAAGGGCUUGCCUGUGUAACUAGGGCCACUCUGAAGUUUCCUGUCUGCAGUUUCUCCAGACCAGAGCCCUGCCCAGGCACAGAGGCAGGCAGAGGGAGACUGAGCUGACCCACAGGGAAACAAAAUUCUGGCCAGCCGGUAAGAGCUCCAAAUGCACUCUCACUCUCUCUGGUGUCUGAGACGGGAAAGGCAAGCUAGAAGAGAAAUAAUGGAAUCUUAAAAGGGGAAAGAGAGGGACUUGGCUUGAUUAAGUUCAGAGUGCUUGACCCACUUGCAGAUGGCAUAGAGAUGGAAAACGGAGGCCUGCUGUAUUAAGACAGGCAGACAGACAGACGGCAGGACGGACGGACGGGUGGCGGCUGCGAUUGGCGGCUCGGCGGCAGGCUGGUGGAAAAUGUCGUCGGGAGCAGGUGGGCGGGGAAGACGUGAGGCAAGGGCCUGUGGGGGUGCAGGCGAGGUAGAGGAAGGACCAGUGGGCAUCCCCUUUCCCGAGCACAGUGCUGACCUGCUGGGCAGUCUCAAUCGACAACGGUUGAGUGGGCUGCUGUGUGACGUGCUACUAGUGGCUCAAGAGAGAGAAUUCCCUGCCCACCGCUCCGUGUUGGCUUCCUGCAGCACCUACUUCCACAAGCUUUUCACCUCGGGCCUGGCUGCUGACCGCCAGAAAGUCUAUGCGCUGGACUUUGUGCGGCCUGAGGCGCUGGCCGCCCUCUUAGACUUUGCCUACACGGCCACACUCACAGUCAGCCGCAACAGUGUGGUUGACAUCUUAAGCGCCGCCCGUGUGCUGGAGAUCUCACCCGUUCAAGACGUCUGCACACACCUGCUGGACACCAAAGUGCUCUCCCCGCUGGCGGGCAGUGAGCAAGAAGAAGACCAGGAAGAGGAGGAGCGAGGUAAGAAUGGAAAAGAGCAGGGCAUCCGGCUGCGUGCCCGUGAGUACUUGGAGUUCUUCCAGAGGGGGGCGCAUUGGGGUAGCAGCUGCAGCACGCCAGAGCUCAGGGACCUGCCCGCACACCUGCACUUUAGCCAACGCAAUGGCGCUGACAGCAAUGGCAUGCCCAUCAGCCCUGCUGACUACUACUCCUCACUGGCCCAAGCCCUAUCACAGCCGCCUCGUGACCCCGAAGACGAGAAUGUGGAUGAGGAGUGCCAGGAUGGACCUUCAGUUCUAGCUCGAGGGAAAAGUGUAGAGGCUAUGAUGUCCCUUUAUGCUCCUACUCAGAAUGGACAUUACUACCUGCCCAAAUCAGAGAGAGAGGUGGAGGGGACAGAUGAGCGGGAGCACGAACAAGGCCCAGCUAGUGCUUUGCUACAACAGAUGAUGGACUCCUUGGAGCGUAAAAGGGAACAGGCCACGGAAGUUGGUGGGGGUGAGGAGGAUGGGCCGGAGGGCGAAGAGCCAGACGUGGAGUUUUACUUGAAGUACUUUAAUAGUGUGCAGCAUGAGGAAGCCACCAGUGCCCCCAUGUCUCCAAGUUUGCUACCACUGUGGUCAUUAAGGGGCAACGGAGGUGGAAACCAAGCGACUGGAGGGGGUAACAACAGUGAGAGGAAGAUGCGCUCUAAGGCCUUCCAGAAGUGCCCUAUCUGCUCCAAAGUCAUCCAAGGUGCAGGCAAGCUUCCACGCCACAUCCGUACACACACAGGAGAAAAGCCCUACGAGUGCACCAUCUGCAAAGUGCGAUUCACCAGGCAGGACAAGUUAAAGGUUCACAUGCGCAAGCAUACAGGAGAGAAGCCUUACCCGUGUACUCAGUGUGGUGCCGCCUUUGCCCACAACUACGACCUGAAGAAUCACAUGCGUGUGCACACAGGCUUGCGCCCCUACCAGUGCUCCAGCUGUUUUAAAACCUUUGUGCGCUCAGACCACCUCCACCGGCAUCUCAAGAAAGAUGGCUGCAACGGCAUCCCUUCCCGUCGAGGCCGCAAGCCACGCAUACGAGAUUCUGAGCUCCUGGAAGGUCCUAUGGAACUUCAUGGCCCAGAAGCAGACAUCGAGAGAGGUCAGCGGCAUCCGGACAGGGGCACCGGAACAUCAGUCAUGGAGGAAAAUCAUGGUAGUCACACACACAGUCCAGUUGCCGAUGGGGAAGGUAGUGAAGAUUUGACCUCGGGACAAAGGAACUCCGCGACAACAUGAAUCAAUCUUCAUCAGAGAGGGCUUUACUCAACAACAAGAGGAAGAAUGAAACAGAAAAAUAA